GCCGCUGGCUUAAGAGGAACAGACCGGACUAGAUAAUCCUGUGCAAGGUGGUGCAAGAUUGAGAGAGAUAGAGAGAAAGAGCGAGGGAGGUUAAUAGCGGUGUGUGAGAAUUUUCCUGUUUGUGGAAAACAUCGUACAUUAAAAAUGAGCAAAAAGAUGAAUCUGCUGAUGAAUGUCAGCUUCAGGAAAUGGUGCUAUAAUAUAAGCGGAUUUAAUAAAUAUGGUUUAAUGAGAGAUGACGUUCUUAAUGAGACCCUUGAUGCGGAUAUACGGGAAGCAUUGAGGCGUCUUCCCAAAUGUUUAGUAGAUGAACGUAACUUUCGUAUAAUCAGGGCCAUGCAAUUGGAUGCCCAAAAAAAGAUUUUGCCCGAGGAGCAAUGGACGAAAUACGAAGAAGAUGUAAUGUACCUUCAGCCAUACAUUAAGCAGGUGAAAAAAGAGCGCAAAGAGAGAGAAUUAUGGGAUGAAUCAUAGAAUAUAGUUUAGCCUAAUGAUCAACAUAGGAUGUAACAAAUUCAUUUGUUCUCUACUGCAUAGUUAGUUCCAGUAUAAUGCAAAAAGCUGGUCUGUGUACACAUAUAUAUAGCAAGUAUGGAGAUAAAUGGUAAAUAAAUUAUGUUUUCUUCCUUUGAAAAACAA